ACUUAGAGCAAUUCAGAGGUAUUUUUGAUGGAGUUUGAACAGUGUAAACGCAGAUAUCAACAGCAAUUGUAGUUUAGUGGUGGAUCCUAUCUAAGGAAUAUGAAGUCUAUAGUGCUAUCAAUUUUUCUAACAUUUCUUCUUGGUACCGCUGCAAUUGAAGAAUUUAAAAGAUCAAAUACCACGCACAAACGGUUUUACAAUAUCAUCGUGCAACGAAACCCUGAUUCAGCUACACGAGAUCUCAUGUGCAGCGGAGCUUUGAUAUCAUACAACAAGGUGUUGACGGUAGCGCAUUGUUUCUUUAACUCAAGCCGCUACUCUGUGCCAAAGGAGAAUUUUGCAGUAAUGCUUGGCGAGUUGGGUAACGCAGCAAAAGAAACCCGACUGAUUCAGAUUGAGAACAUUCUAAUACAUCCAGAGUAUUCGUACGAUAACGAUAGACAGAAUGACCUCGCUGUCGUAAUCCUUCGGGAAGAAGUAGAGACUGAUGCAGAGGAUAUCAUUCCGAUUGGUAUCGCAACAUUUGCUUUGCCUCUUAAUACCGAGUGUAUAAUUACAACUUGGUUGUCUUUACUUUGGGGCUGGUCACUCACUGAGAGGAUUCAAAAAAUUCCGGUAACAGUCGUUGACACUGGGAACUGUUCUGCUGGUGCAAUUUUAUCAGAUCGAACAAUCUGUGUGUAUGGAAAUGAAACUGAACUUGAAGGAACUUACUUUCUAUCAGGAACGCCACUGAUUUGCAACAAUAUUUUAGCAGGUUUAUCAUCGCAAACUAUACGUUCCAGUAUACCAAUAUCUCUCGAGUCAUUCACGAAUAUCAGCUUUUAUUCGUUUUGGAUUACAAAUAAUGCAACAAAACGGUUCUAUUUCGUUUAUAUUUGGAUGUAUCUACUUGCUUCAAUUAAAUUUGUUUUAUAGACUAAUGACUUAUAUGUAUGGCUUCUUUGAAAGCUCAAUAUUAGAUGCUGACAA